AUGCCUUCCGAAUCUGGUCACAGAUUAUACGUCAAGGGUCGUCACUUGAGCUACCAGCGGAGCCGACACAACACCCACCCCCGAACAAGCCUAAUCAAGAUCGAGGGCGUCGACGACACCAACGCUGCCAACUUCUACCUAGGCAAGAAGGUCGCGUAUGUCUACAAGGGCCAGAAGGAGAUCCGAGGAACCAAAAUCCGAGUGAUCUGGGGCAAGGUCACCCGACCCCACGGCAAUUCUGGCGUCGUCCGAGCAAAGUUCGCUCACCCCCUUCCCUCUAAGUCUUUCGGCGCCUCUGUUCGUAUCAUGCUGUACCCUUCAUCGAUAUAA